CGCGGCCGGGGGCGGGGCCGCGCCGGGCGCGGGGGAGGAGAGCGGGCCCGGACUUAGCCCGGGGCCGGGAGGGCCGCGGCCACCGGAAGAGUGACGGACGCCAGCCCAGCUGAGAGAGUGGGGAGCGGAAGCGGUGGCCGCGGCGGCAGCAGCGGUCGGCGCUGGGACCCGGGAGCGGCCAGAGAACAAGGGAGCGGGCGCCGCGGCCCGGCCGCGGAGCUGGGCUGAGCCGCUGGGCCGCGCCGAGCGCCCCCGCCGCCGCCAAAGAGGCCCGGCCCGGCUGCCCGAGCAGGCCGCGCGCAGGCCCUGGGGCCGAGGCCAGAGCCAUGGGCGAGACCAAGAUCAUCUACCACCUGGACGGGCAGGAGACGCCGUACCUGGUCAAGCUGCCUUUGCCCGCAGAGCGCGUCACCUUGGCGGACUUUAAGGGCGUCCUGCAACGACCCAGCUAUAAGUUCUUCUUCAAGUCUAUGGACGACGAUUUCGGAGUGGUGAAGGAGGAGAUCUCGGACGACAAUGCCAAGUUACCCUGCUUCAAUGGCCGGGUGGUGUCCUGGCUGGUAUCGGCCGAGGGCUCACACCCAGAGCCAGCCCCUUUCUGUGCUGACAAUCCAUCAGAGCUGCCGCCGCCUAUGGAGCGCACGGGAGGCAUUGGGGACUCCCGACCCCCAUCCUUCCACCCUCAUGCCAGUGGGGGUAGCCAGGAGAACUUGGACAAUGACACAGAAACAGAUUCCUUGGUGUCUGCUCAACGGGAGCGGCCACGCCGGAGGGAUGGCCCAGAGCAUGCAACUCGGCUAAACGGAACUGCGAAAGGGGAGCGGCGGCGAGAACCAGGGGGUUAUGAUAGCUCCUCCACCCUUAUGAGCAGCGAGUUGGAGACCACCAGCUUCUUUGACUCAGAUGAAGAUGACUCCACCAGCAGGUUCAGCAGCUCCACAGAACAGAGCAGUGCCUCACGCUUGAUGAGAAGACAUAAGCGGCGCCGGCGGAAACAGAAGGUUCCUCGGAUUGAGCGGUCUUCGUCCUUCAGCAGCAUCACAGACUCCACCAUGUCACUCAACAUCAUCACAGUUACUCUCAACAUGGAAAAAUAUAACUUCUUGGGCAUCUCCAUUGUGGGCCAAAGCAACGAGCGUGGUGAUGGCGGCAUAUACAUUGGCUCUAUCAUGAAGGGUGGGGCUGUGGCUGCUGAUGGACGCAUCGAGCCAGGAGACAUGCUGUUACAGGUAAAUGAGAUCAACUUUGAGAACAUGAGUAACGAUGAUGCGGUCCGGGUACUGCGAGAGAUUGUGCACAAACCGGGACCCAUCACCCUGACUGUAGCCAAGUGCUGGGACCCAAGUCCACGUGGUUGCUUCACAUUGCCCAGGAGCGAGCCUAUCCGGCCCAUUGACCCUGCGGCCUGGGUCUCCCACACUGCAGCCAUGACGGGCACCUUCCCUGCCUAUGGCAUGAGCCCCUCCCUGAGCACCAUCACCUCCACCAGCUCUUCCAUCACCAGUUCCAUCCCUGACACAGAGCGCCUAGAUGACUUCCACCUGUCCAUCCACAGUGACAUGGCUGCCAUCGUAAAAGCCAUGGCCUCCCCUGAAUCAGGGUUGGAGGUCCGAGACCGCAUGUGGCUCAAGAUUACCAUCCCUAAUGCUUUCAUCGCCUUGCCCCCAGGCUCAGAUGUGGUGGACUGGCUGUACCACAAUGUGGAAGGCUUCACUGACCGGAGGGAGGCCCGCAAGUAUGCCAGCAACCUGCUGAAAGCUGGCUUCAUCCGCCACACUGUCAACAAGAUCACCUUCUCUGAGCAGUGCUACUACAUCUUCGGCGACCUCUGUGGCAAUAUGGCCAACCUGUCCCUCCACGACCAUGACGGCUCCAGUGGUGCCUCUGACCAGGAUACGCUGGCUCCUUUGCCACACCCUGGAGCUGCCCCUUGGCCCAUGGCUUUUCCUUACCAAUACCCGGCCCCCCCACACCCCUACAACCCGCACCCCGGCUUCCCCGAGCUGGGCUACAGCUACGGUGGGGGCAGUGCCAGCAGUCAGCACAGUGAAGGCAGUCGGAGCAGUGGCUCCAAUCGUAGUGGCAGUGAUCGGAGGAAGGAGAAGGACGCGAAGGCUGGGGACUCCAAGUCUGGCGGCAGCGGCAGUGAAUCGGACCACACAACACGCAGCAGCCUGCGGGGGCCGCGGGAGCGGGCGCCAAGUGAGCGCUCAGGCCCAGCCGCCAGCGAGCACAGCCACCGCAGCCACCACUCGCUGGCCAGCAGCCUGCGCAGCCACCACACACACCCUAGCUACGGCCCUCCCGGAGUGCCCCCUCUCUACGGCCCCCCCAUGCUGAUGAUGCCCCCACCGCCCGCAGCCAUGGGGCCCCCAGGAGCCCCUCCAGGCCGCGACCUGGCCUCGGUGCCCCCGGAACUGACCGCCAGCAGACAGUCCUUCCGCAUGGCCAUGGGAAACCCCAGUGAGUUUUUUGUGGAUGUCAUGUGAGCAAGGUCCCUGCCCCCACUGCCAUCCCAACCCCACCCCCGGCCGCGUUCCUCUUUCUCUCUCCAUCCGUCCAUCAGUCUUUUUUACUUUGGUACCUGAAAGGGAAAUAAAUGGAACUAAACACAGGUGCGCUAACUGCUCGCUGAGCGUAGCUGGGGUACCGAUUGGCUCUGCAGCCCCUAACCUGCCUCUGGCCCCAGUUUGUUACCUCCGCCCACUAACUGCUAUGUGGGAUUUACCUAGAUCUUUCCUGUGCCUGGGACCAGACUUAGUGGUGCUGCCCCUUACUCCCUUCUGCUCUCUUUGGGAGAUAACCCCAGCAGUGUCUUUGGGGGCAUGUUCACUCCGUAUCCCCUUCUUUUCACCCUCAGUUCCCUUUCACCAUUCAUUCAGUUACACCAUCCCUCUAUUAACCCACCCCUCAGGCAUGUAUUCAGAUCUACAUUGACUACCCCCAAUACUGACACCAAAAAAUAUUUGCUUCAUCUGUCCCUUCUAACGUUCCCCCUGCCUGUUGCCUCAGUUCUGCACCUUAGAGCUGUAGUCACCUCCAGUAGCUAUACUGCCUGUGCUCAGCUUGGAUCAGAAGCCCAGAAGGUCCCCUCCAUUGCCUGAGCAGCCAGUGGCUUCCCUGGGUCAUCUCUGCUCUACGCCCACCCCAUGCCUGCCUUGUGUGCUGACUUCUUCAGACCCCUAACUCUACUAACCAGUAGGCUUAUUUCACCUCUGGGCCUGAAACAUUUCUUUUCUUUCUUUUUUCCUUCCCAAAUUUUCCCUGGGCCUGGAGCAGCCAAGAAUUUCGGGCUGUUUGACUUUCUGUGAGCCCCCAGCAAGGGGAGGCCCAGCCUCCGAGGAGACAAGGAACCCUGCUUCAGCAGCCCCUCAGGGCUCCCCAAGAUGUCCAGCCCCCACACUCACACUUCAACACGUUGAGUCACUAGACUUAUGGUGAGGGCCCAGAUUCACCCAUGCAUGAGAGAUUCUGUUCUUUCCAGAGAGUGCGUGUUUCUUCUCUUUCCCUCUCUCUCUGCCUCUUUUUCUCUCAUUCACGUAAAACACACACACACACACACCUAUGCAAGUUUGCUUAAGCCUCAGGGCUGGUCCCUGCCCAGAGGGCUGGAUCCUCUGUCUACCAGGUUGUGGGGCUGGUCCCCUGACUUCCUCCUCCCCUUUCUUUUAGCCCUCAAACCUCCCCAAAUUGCUAGCAUCUUCCUUCCUGGAUAAAGCUCAUAAGCUGGGUCACAGGCUGAGCUCAGCAGAGGUCUCUGCAGAUAACUGACAAGCCAUUCUCAACUUCUACCCUCCUCCCCACACACAUUUCCCUGUUUUCACAUUUACCAUGACAACCCCAGAGCAAGGACACAGGAGCCCACAGGCUAGUUGAGGUUGGACAGAGGACUUUCAGACUGAUAAGAGUGCCAAGUUUUCUUACUUUUUACCUUAUUAUCUACUUUAAACAAUGACUUUCUCUUUAUGCCUCUGCUAUAAAUUCUUCUGGCUCAUCUAGGCUUCCAUGUUUUCAGGGCUGGGGUGUCAAGAGUCAGAUGAAGACCUUAGCUCCAAGCUUUGGGGUAAACUGAGAUAGGGGCAUUUUGGCAUUCAUUCGUUUAACAGUACUUCUGGGGUUUUAGUGAGCAGAGAUAGGGCUGUGUUGGAAGUGUGAAGUCUUGCCUGCCUUCUGGGAGCUCUGGGUUUGGUCCCAGCCCAGGCCAUUGCUUCCAACCACCACUAUAGGGCUGUUUCCUAUACUUUGUUUUCUGACCCUGUCUUGAGAAUUUCUCCACUUAUUACUCAUGCCAUCAGUGUUGGUGCUUUCAUUGUUCCAUCUUUGGACCACUUCUCUUUUCCUCUCUAUUGACUUCCAAAACAUUCUGAUGUCCUCAAUUGCUGCUGAUAUGCUGAUGAUUCCCAAAUAUAUAGCUGCAACUUUAACUUCUCCCAAUCUUUAGAUUUAUAUUUUUACUGCUUACUGAACAUCUCCAUAGAUUUGUGUGUUCCAACCAAGUGUGUUCCUCCUGAAUUCCAAUCCUGGUUACCUUCAUCACAAUCUUCAUAAGCUCAUCAGCUGGAAACAUUGAUGGGUUUAAAUUUCUUCCCAUAUUUUACACAUCAGCAUAUCAUAUCCAUUCCAUUCCAACAAUCUUUUUUUGGAUUUGGCCCUUCCUCUCCCCUCUGCCUCUACUUUAAUUCAACAGAGCAUGGGAUUUGGAGUCAGCUUGUUCUUGAUUUGAAUUCCAGCUCCACAAUUUUUUGGUUGUGUGAUAAGAGAGCCGUUUAACCUCUCUGAGCCUCAGUUCUCUUGUAUGUAAAAUGAUGAUAAUAAAACCUACCUCACAGGGUUGUUGUGAGGAUUCAAAUUAGACAUUGUACGAAAAGUGCCUAGCACAGUGCCAGGCACACAGUAGAGUAGGUGCUCAAUAAAUGGUAGCUAUUAUUAUUAU